AUGCCAAGCACAGCUACAAAUAAUAAUAGUAAUAAUAAAGUAAGUAAACUUAUAGACACAAAUACCAAUACCAUACCCAAGCGUAAAAAAAAAAAAACUUCCAGAGCCUGUGUACAUUGUGCUAGAGCACAUGCUACAUGUGAUGCUUCAAGACCAUGUGCUAGAUGUAUUAGAAAAAAAUUAACUGAUACAUGUGUAGAUAAUCCUAGGAAAAAAAGUAAAUAUUUACUAGAUGUUGAUGAGGAUACAUUACAGGCUAAGAUAAAUGUACCCACCCAGGUUUUACCCCAGAAUUUUCCUGUAUCUACUACAGCUAAUGCUGUUACUUCUUCCAAUAAUUUGGAUCCUACUUCCCACAAUACUAGUGAGAAUUUCACUAUUGUUCAGCAAGAACAACAAUAUAGAGCAACACCAUCACAUAUAGUACAUAAGCCUAAGUUUAUGAGUAGUGCCAUUGAUUCGGAAUAUAGUUCUUUAUCGAACAUAAUAAGAGAAGAAGAAAAUGUACUGAACAGAAUACCUGUUAAUAUUUUGAAUAACCACAGUCAUAAUAAUAUUAAUGCAGAUACGGGGAGGAGCGCUAGUGCUAUUAGUAGUAAUAAUUCAAGUAGUACAAAAUUAAACGAAAGUUAUAAUCUGCGACAACAAAAUAAGGAUGACUAUAUCAGUGACACUGGAUAUUCUAAUGCUACUUUUAAUCUUCACGAUAAUAAACAAUUGGUAUACAGUAAUACUGGCACCAACUGUAAGGAAUGUACUGAUAAUACUAAUAAUAGGAAUACUUUAUACAAUGACCAUAAUUAUAAUUUCAAUAAUCCUAGUGUUCCACAAAGUAGGUCAGCAUCGCCAUACAUGCACCAAUAUCAAAAAACUUGUCAUUAUGCUAGUUCAAACACUAGUAAUACCAGUAGUAAUGUACCGUACCACAAUGCGACUAAUAAUACUGUUAACCACAACAUAAUAAAUAACCAGGCAGCAGAGCAGGCAAUUAAUUAUUCAAGAGAGUUGGUUAAAUACUUGGGACCAUACAGUAUUGAAAUAUUAAACUCCAAAGUAGAUCUAUUGACACAACACUUUCCACUAAUACUCACUGAAUCAUCAGAUAUCAGCGCUAAUACUAGUUUCACUGCCUCUGCAACUGGUGGUUCCACCAGGGAUUGUAGGAAUAAUAGUAAUAGUUUUAAAGACUUGGAGUUUUGUAACAUUGACACACCAAUUGCAUGUAUGAAAAAUAGUAGUGAAACAGUGCGUGCCUACAGUUUGGAAGUACACGAGAUGGCUGGUGGUGCUAGUACUGUUACUGCAACUGCCGCAUCUGCUGCCAAUAAUAAUAGUAAUAGUAAUACUAGUAUUAGUAACGGCACGGACAAUAAUGACAAUAGCACUAUUGCUACAAACAAUAUAACCAAUAGUAUAAGGUAUUAUAAUCUUCACACACAUGAGCCCAAGAGUAAUGUAAAUUGGCCGCACUCACUAAAAUAUUCGACACCAAAAGAUAUAUACACGCGAUUGCAGCAGCCUUUUAGUCACACAUAUGGGUUUUCUAGUUUAUUAAAAUAUUUGAAAAAAAGAUUCAAUAGAGAACAAGUUUUAUCAAUGUGUCAUGACUUGAGUGAAUUUAGACCAAUUUUCAUUGCAAGCACGAUUAAUUUGAAUGAAGAAGACAUGAUUUUUAUGGAACAAUGUUAUCAGAGGACGUUAUUACAAUAUGAUGAAUUUAUUAAUGAAACAGGUACACCUACUAUAAUUUGGAGAAGAAACGGGCAAAUCUCGUAUGUAAAUGAUGAGUUUGUUAUAUUGACAGGUUGGUCUAGAGAAGUUUUAUUGGGGAAAAUGACAUUUAUUAUGGAGAUUAUGGACGAUAAUAGUUGCUUAGAGUAUUUCAAAACAUUUAAACAAGUUUGUUAUAGAGACUUUAGGGGUUGCACAAUUUUGCCCAAUAUUAGAUUAUUUAGCCCUAUAAAGGGUAGAGAAAUUUGCUGUUCUUGUUGUUGGACAUUAAAGAGAGAUGUAUUUGGGCUACCAAUGAUGUUAAUCGGGAACUUUUUGCCAAAAACUUUGAGUCUGGAGGCAGUAAAGUAG